AUGGUCGUUCUGCUUACCACCCUUUGCGAUCCUCAACGCCCUCCCCAGAGAGCUACUUCGAUGGUGAUGCCAGUCCCAGACUGGACUAAGCUCCCUGGAGAGCUACUUCAAGUGAUCUCCGAGAAACUGGACAACUGUUUCGAUGUUGUCCAUGCUCGCUCUGUUUGCCACCCUUGGCGAUCCACAAUGCCCUUCCCAGCUUGCCUGUUACGCCCGAGUUACUCUCUUCCCUCGUUCGCCAAGUUUCCUAGCGAAAGCAAAGGCUUGUCCACACUCACGAAGAUCCCUUUGUUCUUAGUCACAGCCAAAGCUCAUCCUCCAGCUGAUUUUGUAUCACCUUGUGAGUUUGUUAUGGGAGGAUUACGCCGAGAUGAGUCAGAGGAGGAUGAUAUGGAGCUGCUUCCAUCUCCUCUUCAAUGUUCUGUGAAGACCCCAAGAUAUGAUCGUCCAUUCUUGAUGAACAUGCUCGACUGCCAUGUCUUCCCUCUGGGCCAUCACUACAGAUGGGGUCCUGAAGAUAUGAGGACAGAUUGCACAGGCGUGGCUUUUCUUCCGCUCAACAAGGACAAAAGAAGAGGAGGAGGAGGAGGAGGAUUCGCAGUGCUUCUCAAGUACAAGAACAUUCUGUUGGUGAUAAGAAGUGAUGAAAUGAGGUGGAUGCAGGUUAAGCAACCCUCAGAUACUCAAUGCCAUAAUGUAGCCAGUUUCAAAGGCAGAUUCUACACAUCUUUUUAUAACGGGGACGUAUAUGUUUUGGAUCCUUAUUCACUGACAUGGACUCCCCAAAUGCCCUCUCAGCUUCUGGAUCUUCUGGAUCUUGGCAAGUUUCUGGUUCCGUUUGGUGAUGAUGAAGAACUCUUCCUGGUUGAGAAAUUUCACCCAAAGUGCGAUGAUUUUGAUUUAGAUUUUGGUUUUCUCAGCUUCACAUGCAAAGUGAGUAGGCUAGAUGAGGAGGCUGGCAAAUGGGUCGAGCUCGCCGGUGAUUUAGGAGGCCGUGUCUUGUUUAUAGGACACUUUGGAAAUGUCUGCUUCUCUGGUGAAGAGCUUCCUGAUGGUUGUGGUUUGAGUGGGAACUCGAUCGUGUUCACCAAUGAGAUAAUCGGUGUAAUGUUUGUUUAUAAAUAUGGAGUGGAUACAGGAGAUGCAGAAGACGACCCCAACUGUUGGAGAUUCUCAAUGGACUAUCGUCAGUAUCGUGUGAAGAUCUUCAGGUAA